AUGGUAUCUGAGUGUUAUAACAUACAGCUUGCUAGUUUUAAUGCGAAAGCUCAAAAACAUAAUAUUAAUGAAGAGAAAAUAUAUGAGUACGAAGACGCCAUUGAUUUAACUGGUAACGGGUGGUAUAAUCGUGUUUUACUACUGGCUCUUAGUACUGGUUUGUUAGGUAUGGGUAUUGAUGUCUUUGGUUUUUCAAUCAUCGUCACUGGCUGCGCAUGCGACUUUCAAUUGGAAUUAUGGCAGAAGAGUGUCAUGUUGUCCAUGCCUUUUAUUGGUCCAGUUUUGAUGGCAAUACCUUGGGGUUAUAUAUCAGACACGCAGGGUAGGAGGAGAUCUUUACUUAUUGCAUUAUGGGGCGCUUUCCUAUCGUCUUUCAUAAGCGCAUUCUCUUUCAACUGGGUAUUGUUGGCGGUACUUAAGGUGUUUAGUUCCAUGUUUUCUAGUGCUGUUCAGUCAGGAGCAUACGCGUUGCUCGGUGAAUGCUGUUCAAGGAAAGUGAGAGACUUCUAUAUGCUCAUCAUGACUAGUGUACUGAUGUUAUUCAUGAUGUCUUACAUCGUGCCCGCUUACUUCAUUCUACAAUUCAACUUUGCCUUAAACCUUGGUUUAAUUACGUUUACACCCUGGAGACUGUUAACUAUUGUGAUGGCUUUUCCGUUAGUGAUUAGUGUACUGUUGUUGCACUCCUGUUAUGAAAGUCCAAAGUUCCUACUUAACGCUGGCCAAGAACAAAAGGCCUUGGAGUAUUUAAGAAAAAUAUGGAUCAAGAAUGGUGGAAAAGACGAAGAAUAUCCUGUACAUCGUGUUGUUUUAAAAGACGAUUCAAAAGCCAGGGAAAGGGACAUCCAUAUAAUACAAUCAUUGUGGCAACAGACAACACCAUUAUUCAAGACGCCAUUGGUUUGGAAAACGUUGAAUUUAGUCUUUAUAACUGCUGUUAUUUAUAGCAUAAACAACUGCUGGGUGAUGUGGUUGCCAGCUGUUGUGGAGGCAUUCAGUUCUGCUAUUAGUUUAAGUGAAACUGUUGGAUCCAAAAGCUUAUGCAACAUUAUUUCCAGCCUAUCAACCAUCAACGCCACAGAAAUUGUUGAUGAGACUACCUGCACACAUGCAAUUCAAACCAGCACUUUACUAUCCGGUGUCACCCAUGGAGUGGUAUUUGCAGGCAUCACACUUAUAGUAUCCAAACUGGGUUCCAGAAAGAAGUUUCUGUUGAUUACAUUCCUCGUUGUCCCGAUGCUGUCAAGCAUAGGAGCUGUGUUCAAUGAGAACAACCUAGCCAGUCUUAUACUCUUCGUUGGCAUGACCAUGACCAACUUGUGCAUGGGAGUACUGUUUGCCUAUUAUGUAGAGAUGUAUCCUACAUCAUACAGAGGUAUGGCAGCGUGCUUGGGCGUGAUGACGGCUAGAAUCAGCGGUGUUGCUGGCGUCAACUUGCUCGGUUCCAAUGUCAUGGCUCACUGCGCUAUUACUUUCUAUGCCACGGCUGCUAUUCUUCUGGCUGGAAUCGUAGUGGCUUUCUACUUUCUACCGCCAGAUAGAGCGCCUAAGCAGUAA